AUGGCUCCCCAGGCAAAGAAGUCGGGCAAGGCCCAGAAGCAGACCAAGAAGUUCAUCAUCAACGCUCAGCAGCCCGCUAGCGACAAGAUCUUCGACGUCUCCGCCUUCGAGAAGUUCCUCCAGGACCGCAUCAAGGUCGAGGGCCGCACCAACAACCUGGGCGACAAUGUCGUGAUCCAGCAGGCCGGCGAGGGCAAGAUCGAGGUCAUUGCCCACAACGAGCUCUCUGGCCGCUACCUCAAGUACUUGACGAAGAAGUUCCUCAAGAAGCAGCAGCUCCGCGACUGGCUCCGCGUCGUCUCCACCUCGCGCGGCGUCUACGAGCUCAAGUUCUUCAACGUCGUCAACGACGAGGCCGACGAGGACGACGAGUAA